AAAUUUCAGACGGUGGAUUGCUCCUGUACCUUUAAGAUAGUUACUUCCGGGUUAGAGAGCGCAGCGGACACGAAUCACGAUACAACCAAAACAUUUGAUGGCCUCCUUCAACUGGAAGCGUAAGGUGGGGGAAAGAGUUUCCAAGGCGACCGUGCAGCAGUUUGAACAGGACUCAGAGCAGGUGGAAGAAGAUGACACGGAGAAGGAGGGAGUUGAUUGGCUGCAUGCGAUCAAGCGACGGCGAGAGGUGCUGCUGGAGGAUUGUGCCACUAAGAGCAAGAGACUAAAGGAUGAGGGCACUGUACUCGCUGAGCAGGGCAGGAACUGGGAGGCUUUGAAGAAGUGGGAUGAAGCGCUUCAGCUCACACCAGAUGACGCUGUGCUGUAUGAGAUGAAGUCACAGGUGUUAAUCAUCCUUCAAGAGGUGUUCCUGGCUGUACAGUCUGCGGAGAUGUCAACCAAACUCCGACCCCUCUGGUGGGAGGCGUGGCAAACUUUGGGUCGCGCCCAGCUUAAUCUCGGCGAAAUGGAACUAGCUGUACGAUCUUUCCAAGUGGCAUUGCACCUGGAUCCAUCUGAGCGGCCCCUAUGGGAGGAGGACUUAGGCUGGGCUGUACAACUCCGCGAGCAGAAACAAGCUCUCCUGAAAAGAGAAAAACAGGCAGAUGAAGCCCAAAAGCUGGUUAUAGAAGCCCCCGAACUGAAAAACGAGUAUGAUUUUGAAAGCGAUGAAGUGAUUGAGGCCUGCACAGCCAUGGCGGAGAAACAGAAAAAAUAUGAGGACUUAAAGAAAACGGCGAUUGUCGUAGACACGCACGGGGUGGCAAAGGAAGUGGUUGUUGAGGAUGACAACAAACCCACUUCAUCCACAGCAGGUGUUUUGGUCAAGGCAAGAGGACUUUAAAGAAAGAGACAUUUUCUUUUAUGUGUAUUUUGUUUAAAAUGUUAAGUAUUGACUGAUUGUUUUGGUUGGAUUCUCAUAAUGUACAGUGUAUAAAAUAGUUAAUACUUGGGGAGUUUGUGGUUUGCUUGUGUAGUGAGUACUAGAUGCUCUCUCAACAUCAGAAAGGACUGUUUUCACUUAAACAGCAUGAAUUUCUUCAUUUCAAGUUCAGUUUAGAUUCCCACAAUAGCAUAACAGUCCUUUCUCAGUGUACAUUGUUGUCAUUAUCUCCAGUCAGCCUUGCUUUAGUCCCAUUUUAUGAGAGUCCCCACUCAGGACUGAAACAUUAAAGCAGCAAGAAACUCUGCUACAUGCACACCCACACAUAAAACAACUCACAUUUGGUCCAUUAACUUACACUGUAAAAAGUGAAAAAAAAAUACUUCAAUUGUUAACACCUAAAAAAAUUCAACUUGUAUGUUUAAGUGAAAAAUACUUAAAGUAAUUUAAUUUGAGAAUGUACAUUUUUAGGUGUUACCAAAUGAAGUAAUUUUUUAUGUUGAUCCAACUUUUCACGUUUACAAUGAUUUUUCUGUGUUUGGUUAGUGCGGUUGUUGUUUUUAUGCAAACAGGUUAGGAUUAACUCAUAUGUGAAGGCUGUUCAGAAGAGGAAAAGUGUGUUGAGUGUUUAUGUACUGUAGAAGGGAGAGAUAGUAUCAUCAAUUGUAUGUCAUCGUAGAGAUGUAAGAAAUACCUGUUAAAGGAAAACACCACUGUUUUUCAAUAUUUUACUAUGUUCUAACCUCAACUUAGAUGAAUUAACACAUACCUAUCUUUAUUCAAUGCGUGCACUUUUAAUCUUUGUACACGCUUUGUGAAUGUGUUAGCAUUUAGCCUAGCCCCAAUUCAUUCCUAUGGCUCCAAACUAAAGUUUUAUUUUGUGCCACCAUACUUACUCGUGUAACUACUCAUGUAACAUUCUUUAAAUAGGGAAAACAUGGAAGUGUUUAGUGGCUUCUAAAUUCAUCCCUGUUUGGAUCCUAAGGAAUGAAUGGGGCUAGGCUAAAUGCUAACACAUUCACGACGCGCUGUACAAAGAUUAAAAGUGCACGCAUUGAAAAAAGAUAGGUAUGUAUUAAUUCGUCUAAGUUGAGGUAAGAACAUAGUAAAAUAUUGAAAAAUGGUGGUGUUUUUCUUUAAUAUGCCACCUAAAUAAUAAUAAUAAUAAUUAUUUAAAAAAAACCUUGCUCUGAACUUUCUCAACAAAAAGAUUUAAGGAUUCUUUAGUUUUGUUAAUCUUGGUUUAAGUAUUUUGCUUGUGUUGUUCUAUCAUCAGAUCCACACAUUUUUUAUUUUAUUAAACGAUGAUGACCUUUAAAA